GAAGAUGGAUGAGAUGAUGCUUAGAAAGACACACAGCUUAUUUAUCAGUUGAGAAGGUCAACUUGCUGUAUUGGAUUCAAAGUUGUUUUUUUUUUUUUUUCUAUCUAGUAAUGGAAAAAGACCCAAACUAGAAAAUGGAAUACAGAGUGGAGUUAACGGUGCUUCUUGUUUUGCUGACAACAGCUUCAUCUAUUGCCCUGAGCAGCAAAGACUUCACAGAAGCCAUGGCUUAUUUAAGGAAGUAUGGCUACCUGCACAUCCCACUGGACAGUAAAGGCCAUGACCAUUCACAUGAGCAAAUAGCUGAAGCCUUAAGAAUCUUUCAGAAAGUGACCAAUGUGCAGAUAUCUGGAAAACUGGAUUCAGCCACGUUGGCAAUGAUGGAAAAACCUCGAUGUGGUCUGGAAGAUUCUUUCAAUAACAAAACUCUCAAAUAUCGAGUCAUGGGUUACUGGCGUAAGAAGAUGCUGACCUAUCGCAUUUACAAUUACACCCCUGAUCUGGGUCAGGGAAAGACCCGUGUGGCCAUCCAGAAUGCUUUUAAGUACUGGAGUGAUGUGUCACCUUUAAGGUUCAGAGAGCUGCAUAAAGGAAGACCAGACAUCAAAAUCUCCUUUCACAGAAAAGAUAAGACAUGCCCGGUGCCCUUUGAUGGCCGAGGCCAUGUUCUAGCCCAUGCUGAUGCCCCUGAAUCUGGCAUUGUGCACUUUGAUGAGGAUGAACUGUGGACAGAAGGGAAGACUUAUGGCUCCAACCUGAGGAUUGUGGCGGCUCAUGAGAUCGGUCACGCUCUCGGCCUGGGCCACUCACAGUACUACAGUGCACUGAUGGGACCUGUUUACAGUGGGUACCGCUCCAACUUCAAGCUGCAUGUGGAUGACAUACAAGGGAUCCAGGCUUUAUACGGAAAGCCAGACAAAAAUGAACCCAGAAAUCCAGGCCAGUCACUGCCAGGAGGAGCUAUUCCAAAUCCUUGCAAGGCCACUCUGGAUGCAGUUAUGUUGGGUCCUUUGCGUAAAACAUACUUUUUCAGUGGGCAGUAUGUGUGGACAGUGUCCAACGCUGGCUACAACACUCCCAACCAGAUUUCCGCACUGUGGAAGGAGCUGCCAGGGAGCCUCAAUGCAGCUGUUCACUCUCCACGGACCGGCAAAUCCUACUUUCUGAAAGGAGACAAAUUAUGGCGAUACACAAGCUUCAAACUUGACCAAGGCUUCCCCAAACGUUUGGCUAACCUCCCUGCAAAUAUCGAUUCUGCCUUUUACUUCAAUAAGAAUAAAAAAAUCAUCUUUUUCAAAGGCUCUGGAUAUUGGCAGUGGGAUGAAAUUGGUCCAACAGACUUCAGUUCAUAUCCUAAAUCAGUUGGACAACUCUUCCAGGCAAUGCCCAGCAACACCAAUGCUGCACUAAUGUGGACGAACGGCUACGUAUACUUCUUUAAAGGCACCGAGUAUUGGCGUGUAAACCAAAACUACCAAGCAGUGGAGAAGGCCUACCCUCUCAGCACUGCCUCGCACUGGAUGCAGUGUGACGACUGAGCCACCAGAGGCCACCAGGGACUCGACAUGAACUUUAUCUGCACAAUGACUCAGUUUAAUAACAGUAAGAUAAGUUCACAGUAUUGGUAUUGAUUAUGUGGGUCUGCACAAUGAUAUCUGCCUCACUUUCUCACCACUUAAAGAAAUAGUAAUGUUAAAACGUCUACACCUGUCAGUCUUAAUCAAAAUAUUAAUUAAACUAAUUAAUAAGCUAUUAAUCAGUAAAAUAUUUAUCUUUAAUUGUACAUACUACAAUUAACCAGUCAAUUGCGCUAACAGAGCAGAUGACAGUCACAGAACAUGUAUGUUAUACUUUUUGUCUGUCUUCUUUUGUGUGCACUGUAGCCAUCUACCUUUUGUUAUACUGUGGGUGUAAUACAUUUCUGUAUGUGUAUAUUAUGUUCAUAUAUAUUCUAUGAGUUAUAGAAAAUGUCUUUAGGGUGCCUUUUUAGCAUCUGGCCACAAAUGCCAGAUGAAAAUUUGCUAUCUUGGCAAAGUCUGGUGAAUUUACAGUAAUUCUCAAAUAAUAGAAUCAAAUAAAACCAAAAAUAGAUUUGUGAAGCUCAACCUACUCCUACCAAAGCAGGAGUCUUAAGAAGUCAGAGUAGGUAGAAAGCACCAGUGUGGUUGUGCAUGCAGGGUCUUUGAAGGAUAAGGUCACUUUAGCUGCUAAGAAAGUCGGCUUCACACAUGUGAACAAGAUCAGCAGGCGGGUUUUUCCACGUGGAAACACCUAAUGCAACUGCCAAAGUGAUUGCUUCAGAGCACCUGACUUAUGUUUGCUUUCAAUCCAAACACAAGGUUAUUAUAGUUAAUUAAAACUAAACUAAAAACUAGGUCUGAAAAAAAUUAACUGAAUUGAAAUAAAAACCAGACUUUGAACAGGUUUAGAUCUAAAUGGAAUUAUAUUGUGUACUCACAUCCGCUUUGUUAGGUGUAUGUGGUUUGGUUAAAUCGGAAACAUCAGAAGGCUUUGGUGUUCACAUUUUUCAUGACUGUAAUUUUCCUGUGACAGGAAGUGUUUGUGUUGCAAUUGUUCUGAACUUCUUAACUCGUGCCCCUGACGAAUACCACCCACAUUAGAAAAACUGGAUUGAAAGUGAACAUGAAUAAAGCAACACUGGACACUAAC